AUGACGACAACUAAUGAUGAUGAGGAUGGUCUUGAAUCAGUUCUUGGAGAUGAUGAUGAAUUUCAAGAAGCUGCACUAUUUGUUCAAAAUAAUCUUCAAUUAUUUUCUCGUGAUGAUUUACUUUAUUUAUAUGCUCGAUUUAAACAAUUUACUAUUGGUGAUACAAACAUUCCUCGACCAGGUUAUUUUAGUUUCGAAGCAAAAACCAAAUGGGAUGCAUGGAAUUCUCUUAAAUCUAUGACAAAAUCUCAAGCAUCAAAAGAAUAUAUUCAACGAGUAACUGAUAUUAAAGAAAACAACGAUAUUGAAAAUCAAAAAUCAGCCAAAACUGGGCCAAGUGUUAGUCGAUUAUUAGUACAAAAUGAUGCACAAAUGCCUAAUGAUGAUGAAAAAACAAUUUAUGAAUUUUGUCAAGAUGGUAAUGAACAAUGUGUUGAACAAAUGCUCAAAAAAAAUUUCGAUGUUAAUAAACCAGAUGAUACACAAUUAACUCUAUUACAUUGGGCAGCUGAUAGAGGCAAUGAAUCAAUGAUACAUCUCUUAGUCAAAUAUGGGGCAGAUCUUAAUGUUCGUGAUGAAGAUGGACAAACUCCAUUAUUUUAUGCUGCUCAUUCAAGUAAUAUUCCUUGUAUGAAGCUUUUACUUGCACUUGGUGCUGAUCCGUCAAUUCCAGAUAAUGAUGGUGAACUUCCAUCUUCCGUUGCACAAACAGAUGAAGAACGAGCUGUUUGGAACGAACGGAAAUAA